UAAUUGGUUUGUUCGCGUUUGGCAAUGGGAAAGCCCGUACUGCUCCGUCGGUCGUCCCAAUCCUUUGCGUACUCAUCUUGAGCGCCGCUGGUGUUUUAGGGCGACUGGGACUGCUAAGCUUGGGCCAAUUCUACUUCUUCAGUAUAGACAAUGCGGUGAAAACUCCACUUUAUUGCCUGUAGAGCGCCGAUACUAAGCUCUAUACAAACAGACUCAUACGAAGUAGUUCGACCCGAUGUAAUGCUCGUUUCGGCGGCCUGGUGCUAAACCUCUGUUGAAUCUCGUUGCGGGAAAGCUGUCUUGAUCACUGAAUCCACCUGCUAUGCCGAAACUUCACGUCCUAAUGCAGCAAAUGGCCGUCCCGUAUGCUUGGAUUUAACCCUUAGACCUCUUGAAUCCUCUGUGAAACGAGUCGGAAGCCCAGUCUGGAGAUAUCUGAGUCUAUGAAAGAGUUUGUCUCUUAUUGAUCCCGAGUCUUUUAGGCAGUUGCUCGGAAUUUUUUUUGCAUCGAUACAGUCAGCUGGCCUAGUUGGGAAAGAUACACAAUCUUGUUCCCUGCCUUGGCGUCGUUGAAUGACCUCUCGGCGGCCUAUUAAGGGAUUCAACGGACUAAUUAUACACUCUGUCUUUACAGAACGAUCUGGAAGACCUUCGUCUAUUCCUCGGGUACUCAAAUAUCGAUCUGUGCAAUGGAUAAAAGCCUCAGCAGAGUAAACCUGUUCCCCAGAGUCGGCUAUAAUGUUCUCCACUGGCAAGCUCAGCGCGUUGGCCGCUUUGGCACUGCUCCCCAUUGUCAAUGCGCAUUAUACCUUUCCUUCCCUCAAGGUCAAUGGCGUAAUCACCCCUGCGUGGGUCAAUGUUCGAAAGACCAAUAACUACAACUCGAGAAACCCGGUUAUCGAUGUUAUGAGCGCCGACUUCCGAUGCUAUAACAGCGAGACCAAUGCUGGAGCCAGCACUAUACAAGUUGCAGCUGGUGCGCAGCUUGGGAUUCAGAGUGAUGGAACUAUCUAUCAUCCUGGCGUCGUCAAUGUCUACAUGGCGAAAGCCACCGGUGACAUCAAUUCGUUCAAGGGCGACGGUGCCGUGUGGUUCAAGGUCCACGAAGAGCCUGCCGUAACCGACGGCGGAACGAGUAUCAACUGGCCAUCUUACAAUGCUCCUGGCAUCACCUUUACCGUACCAAAGAACCUUCCCAGCGGACAAUAUCUAGUGCGGAUGGAACAUAUCGCUCUUCACAGUGCCUCUACCUUCCAAGGAGCGCAAUUCUACAUUAGCUGUGCACAGGUCGAAAUCACCGGUGGAGGGAACGGAACGCCAGGCCCGUUAGUCGCCAUCCCGGGAGUUUACAAUGGGCGGGAACCUGGAAUCCUGAUCAACAUUUAUUACCCUAUUCCUGCUACUUACCAACAACCUGGUCCUCGUCCUUGGACUGGAUGAUUGUAUGUUAUAUGUAGUAUGUGUUUCUGUACAUCUGUAUCCCGAAUCAUCCAUCUUGGUCUACACCCGAUCGAUGCUGUUAUCGACGCCAAUGACCGCUUUCGGGCUAGAAACCCCGGGUUUAUAAUUAGACAUUUCUCAAGUC